AUGAUAUUUACAGGUGACGUCAUGUCCGGCAAGAGCAUCAUGGCGGCGCCCAGCAGCAACAACAACGUGCCCGAGGUGGACCUCGGCCCCAGCGACAAUGGCGAUGAUGAGCCUAUGCCCUGUAUGCCCAAGCACUCCGGCAUCAGCCGGAUCAAGAACAAAAUCGGGAGGCAAAAGGCCUUCGCGCAGUUUAAGAAGGAGAGGAACAAGCAAAAAAUAAUAGAGAAGAAAGCAAAACGGAAAGAAUUAGAAAGACUUGGAGAUGAUGCACCACCAAAGAAACAGCCUCACACCAUUGAGUCGUUGCGAGAGAAGGAUGAAACUAUGGUCGAGGAAGAGGAUGAGGAGUUGGAACAUGAGGAAGCAACAGAUGCCUUCUCUUCUUAUUUUACUAAAUCCUAUGUUCCCAAAGUACUUGUUACCUGCAGUGACAAUCCACACACAAAAACUAUAGCUUUUAUUCGUGAGCUGUGUCGCAUGAUCCCCGAUUCACAACCAAUGUGGAGAAAGAGAUCGAGCAUUAAAAAGAUGAUCAACAGUGCCAAAGAUAACGGCUUUACGGAUGUGGUGAUUGUUAAUGAGGAUAAGAGGUUACCAAAUGGACUCUUAGUAGUCCACUUACCAGAGGGACCCACAGCACUUUUCAGAAUAAGCAAUCCAAAACUCUGUAAAGAAAUCCAUAGAGAUCACCAUGAAAUCACAGCUCACAGACCUGAGGUUAUUCUAAAUAAUUUCAAAACACGGCUAGGACGUGUAGUGGCACGCAUGUUGGGAGCCCUUUUUCAUUACGAACCCGAGUUCAAAGGACGAAGAGUUUGUACCUUCCACAAUCAGAGAGAUUACAUAUUCUUCCGGCACCAUAGAUAUGAGUUUAAGAAUCUAGAGAAGGUCAACUUAAGAGAAAUUGGACCAAGAUUCACCUUACGGCUCCAGUGGUUACAGCAGGGGGCGUUUGAAGGUGACUAUGAGUGGGCCCUCAAGAGACAUGAAAUGGAAACAUCUAGAAGAAAGUUUUUCCUUUAAUAAUAUUUCUAAUGAUUUCUCCAUUAUUUUCAUGAUUUAUCAUGUCAAACUGUCAAUAAUAGCAUGAUUUAUCAUGUCAAACUUAAGUUGUUAUAGUAAUUUUAUUGGUAUGCAUCUUAGAUUUAUUGAGCAGGUCUUCUUUGGUAAAUAAUUUAUGUUUGUCUAUUUUGAAUAUGAAUAAUACAUGUUUCCUGAAAAGCUGUAUGAAUAAUAUAAAUUAAGGUGUGCGAGUAUAUAGAUUGAGAAAUUGUAUGAAUAUCUAAAUUAUCUUCACGCACAUUAUCUACUUUUUGAAGAAAACUGCAAAAUUAAAUAAAUCCUCCUUAAAACAUGA